CAUUUUCCCCACUACAUAUAUAAAAAGAAAAGAGAAGCUGACAAAUUUUAAAUAUUAGCUUGCCAACUCGGGGUGUGUUGAUGGGCCCACCACACCCCCGAAGAAAUUGGAAGGCAAAAGCUUAGCUCUCUCGGCCGACAGCGAAUUGGGGGAAAGGAAAAUAGUUAUGACUGCGAACCGAGUUAUUUCAGGAAUCGCUUAAUCUUCUUUACCAUUCCAACUUUAAAAUCCAACCGGACAAUAGUCGUCGUCUCAGGGACUAGUCUGUGGAAUUGAAGAAUGCAGGCGUCGAGUCGAGCUAUAUAAUGUUUAAUGGGAACGAGAUGAGUUUGAUGGCGUUUUUGAUUUCAUCGUUGUGAGAGGUGGGGUGAUCACCGGGGCAUGAAGCGGAGGGCGUCAGAAUGGCGGCCUCGGCUGUCGAGUUGGAUCAUGUACUGGAUCUGGUGUAUUCUUGGGAUCUUCCUAGUGGUUGCCCUCGUUCUCUUCUUCGUGCAGCACUAUCAGCUCAUUCCUCGCCAGCUCCCAAUGGAGGUGAAAAGUACAAGACUUGAUGAUGUUUCUGUUGAGAGGAUGAACUUUACAGAAGAUUUGUUGUCCAGCACAUCACUUACCCGGCAAUUGGUUGACCAGAUGACACUAUCGAAAGCCUACCUAGUUCUUGCAAAGGAGCAUGGUAACUUUGAUUUUGCUGCAGAACUAAGCUCACAGAUCAGGACCUGUCAAAGAUUGCUCUCACAAGCAGCAGUCAGCGGGAAGCACAUAACACUCAUGGACGCCCAACCCAUUGUCAUUCAGCUAUCAAAAUCAAUCAACAAAGCCCUAGAUUACCACUUUGACAUCAGCACAACAAUCUCAACGCUGAGAAACCAUGUCCAAGCCCUUGAAGACCGCGUCAUCGUAGCAACUGCUCAGAGUGCGGCAUUUGGCAGAUUAGCGGCUGAAUCCAUGCCAAAGAAUCUCCAAUGCAUCAAUUUCAAGCUCACAAAAGAUUGGCACCAAGAACAACCCGCUCUCAGACUUCGUGCAGAAGAGCAGCAGGACUCCCUCCGUCUAAUCGACAUCAACCUAUAUCACUUUUGCGUCUUCUCCGAUAACGUCCUCGCGACUUCCGUUGUUGUGAAUUCUACCAUUGCGAAUGUACAGCACCCACAACAGCUUGUUUUUCACGUCGUCACGGAUAACAUCAAUUACCAAGCAAUGACUGCAUGGUUUCUGAAAAACAACUUCAAAGGCUGUACUGUAGUGGUGAGAAGAGUGGAAGAGUUUUCUUGGUUGAACGAAUCUUCCUCGCCGUUGGUUAAACAACUAGCGAGAGCAGAAACACGGAGUCCGCAUUCUCUGCUCAAAUACUUGCGGUUCUACAUCCCAGAAACUCACCCGUUGCUGGAGAGGGUGGUGGUUCUUGAUGAUGACAUCGUUGUCCAAAGGGAUUUGACGCCUCUCUUCUCCAUGAACAUGCACGGAAGUGCUAUUGGAGCAGUGGAGACCUGCCUCGACUCGUUCCACAGGCUUCAUAACCAUGUCAACUUUUCCCAUCCGUUGAUCAGCGCAACAUUUGAUCCGCAGGCCUGUGCUUGGGCAUUCGGACUCAAUGUGGUCGAUCUGAUAGCAUGGAAGAAAGCCAACGUGACCGCAAGGUUUCACUACUGGGUACAGCAGAAUGCAGACGGCUUGAUUUGGGAGGGGACUUUGCCGGCAGGGCUGCUUGCAUUUUAUGGACUCAUGGUUCCACUUGACCGAAGAUGGCAUGUGCUGGGCCUGGGAUACGACUUCCAGAUCGAUUUUAGGUUGAUUGAGAGUGCUGCUACUUUGCACUUUAAUGGGAAUAUGAAGCCAUGGCUGAAGCUGGGAAUUAGUAGGUACAGGCAUCUUUGGUGGCGUCACAUAGAUUUUCUACAUCCUUAUAUUAGAGGUUGCAUGCUACACAGCUAGAAAGAUCUGUAUUUUGGA